CCCGAACACACCCACCGCCACCACACCACGGUCUGCCGUCUUCAACCCUCCGAAAGUCGACGAUGAGGCACACAAGCAUCACGGCGGCGGUCGCCGUCGCAUUCGCCGUCCUUGCAGUCGCCGCCGCAGCGUCCACGGGCCUCACCGCCGCCGGCAGGGGGAAGCAGCAGCGUGCUCCAGGCCCGGCUUCCGGCAGCAGCGUGUACAUCGUGAUGGUGAAGCCCCCGGCCGUCGCCGCCGACAGCGCGGCCUACCACAUGGGCAUCCUCAUCGCCGCGGUCGGCAGCGAGGACAAGGCCAAGGCGGUGUUGAUCUACAGCUACAAGAACGCCAUCAGCGGGUUCGCGGCGAGGCUCACCCCCGCGCAGGUCGCCGUGCUCAGGAAAAACCCUGCCGUCAUCCGGGCGCAGCCUGAUGUCAAGUACUCCCUUCACGACGACGACAACAACAACAACCUCAACUAAGCAAGAGCUCUUGUCCACUUAUUAAGAGUUGUUGCGCAAUAUGGAACGAGAAGAGGCGCGCAUGAUCUGCCCUGGAAAGAAUCUUGUGUGGAUCUUUCUCUGCAUACUUCAAAAUUACACACACACAUAUAUAGUGUAACGUUGCAAGAAGUUUAUAGUGUAAUUUGUUUAGAAUUGUUGCACUUGUAUAACUCUGUCUGCGUAUAUACUGAUGGGCAAAGAUGUCUGGUUUGCUACCAUAUUAUAUUCCUACAUAUUUUCUCUGAAGGAGUUGCGCACUGGGUUAGGUUGGGAUGUCCAGCGUGCGGGUCAUAAACUGUAAUGCAGUGGUGCAAAG